CUGGUGUUGGGGCAAUUAGUACAAGAGGGUCGGGCGGCAUGGAAAUACAAACGCGCACUGAAUUGAAACAGAAAAAUAACUUUGAAGUGAUGAGGUUACGAGUAAGGUACUGACUAACGUUAGUGUGAUUGAAGAAAGAGAAUUGGGUGAUCCAUCUUUCCAUUUAACUAACUUUCUGGUGUGUGUCUUUUUGCCUAUUCGUGGAUAUGUGGAAGUAUGGCUUGCUGGUGCUCUUGGGCGCAGUGUUUGUGCGCGCGCAGUUUCCGAGGGAAUGUGUGACUCCAGAGGGACUUCGGAGUGGUCAGUGUUGUCCAUCCCCGUUUGGGGUCGCGAAUGACGACUGCGGGUCCGCUACUGGACGUGGUCAGUGCAUUUCGAUAGCGGCAGACGCAAGUGCACACGGCCCCCAGUACCCCCACGAUGGACGGGAUGACCGUGAACGUUGGCCUAUCCGCUACUUCAAUCGAACCUGCCAGUGCAACGGGAAUUUCACCGGUUAUAAUUGUGGCCGUUGUAGGCAUGGAUUUGCCGGGUUAAACUGUGACCAACCGGUUGCUGUUGUCCGGAGAAACGUGAUGCAGCUCAGUGUGGAUCAGAAGCGAGCUUUCGUGACCGCGCUGGACCAGGCCAAGCGCUCGGUGCACCCGGACAUUGUAAUUGCUACCAGGCGGUACCAGGAGGUAUUCGGUCCGGAUGGAAACACCCCGCAGUUUGAGAACAUCACCAUCUACAAUUACUUUGUGUGGACCCACUACUAUUCGGUCAGCAAGACCUUCUUGGGGGCCGGCCAGCCGAGCUUUGGUGGAGUCGACUUCUCUCAUGAAGGUCCCGGUUUUGUGACCUGGCACAGGUUUCACCUGCUCCAACUUGAGCGUGACAUGCAGGAUAUGCUGCAAGACCCGUCCUUUGCCCUGCCCUAUUGGAACUUUGCCAUUGGUGGAAGCACCUGUGACAUCUGCACAGAUGACCUAUUGGGAGCAAGGAGCAACCUCGAUAUGAAUUCCAUCAGCACCAACUCCAUCUUCUCCAACUGGAGGGUGAUCUGUGAGAGUGUGGGGGACUAUGAUACACUGGGGACCAUCUGCAACAAUACUGAGACCACCCCCAUCAGGAGGAACCCAGCUGGAAACGUGGCCCGCCCCAUGGUGCAGCGUCUCCCUGAGCCCCAGGAUGUGGCAGACUGCCUGCAGGUGAACACCUUUGACACCCCUCCCUACUACUCCACCUCUUCAGAGAGCUUCAGGAACACCAUCGAGGGCUAUAGUGCCCCCCAGGGAAACUACGACCCAGUGGUACGGAGCCUCCACAACCUGGCCCACCUGUUUCUGAACGGGACAGGGGGACAGACCCACCUCUCGCCCAACGACCCCAUCUUCGUGCUUCUCCACACUUUCACAGAUGCCAUCUUUGACGAGUGGCUCAGGAGGCACGCCCCUGAUUUGGCAGUCUAUCCUUCAGAGAAUGCCCCCAUUGGUCACAACAGGGGGUACAACAUGGUUCCCUUCUGGCCUCCAGUGACCAACGCUGAGAUGUUUCUUACAGCCCCAGAGAACCUUGGCUACUCCUAUGAGGCCGAAUGGCCAGCUGCUCCUUUAACUUUGACUGAGAUCAUCACCAUUGCCAUCGUGGCUGCCCUGGUCGUCGUCGCUGUAAUCUUUGCUGCAACCACAUGUGCCGUGCGCUCCCACUCUUACAGCAAACUGGAGGGCCGCCAGCCCCUGCUAGGAGAACAGUACCAACGCUACGAUGACGACAAAGGCCAAUCCGUGGUCUGAGCUGUAUGUGAAACUACAGGGUUAUGUUCGUGAGGGCACGCUUUUUGCAACAACAUUUGCGCAACAUAAAAUGAGUCCCUGUUUCUGUCAAUUUUCUCCUGUUUCGUGCCUAAUGAUCAUGACCAAGGCUUAGCUGAGCGUCACAUAUGUUCACACUUUUGUAUUGUUAGCAGUUAUGUUUUCAUAAUUUUAAAUUGAGUUUAAAGUGCCGUAGAAUAUGCAUCACAAACUGUAUUCCGGGAGUGGCCAAAUGUUGGCAAUGCAGGGUGUGGGUUGAAUGUAGUCUGUAACAAAAACCUGAACACUGCGGUCCUCCCAUUGCCAAGUUUUACCACCACUGCUGACUGCUGUAGUACAUAAUAUGGAAUCUUAUUGAUUGCAUCACUCAUUCUACUUUACGGAGUGCCUUGACCUGUAUACCUACAGAUUCUGAGUAUAACGAUGGUUUUCUGUAAAUUUGUAAACAUAUUUCGGUCAAAAUUGAACUUAUUUGUAAUUCCAUUGACAAUAUUUGGUGAUUAAACAAAAUAAAAGGUUAAGAAUU